CUUCAGGCCAUCCCGUGGCAGUCGCGCGCCGCCUACUCCGCGACCAACGCGAUCGGGAGCGCCAUGCUGCCGCAGCUGUCUGUGCUUGGCCGGCCAGCGGAGCCUCUCCUGCUGGGCGGAGCACUACUGCUCGGCGAGGCGGCAGGCUACCUCCUCGAGCGGCGCAUGCGACUCGCCUUCCUCGAGCGAGCCGCCGCCGCCGGGCAGUUGCUCGCCCCCGCUGCGCCGCCGCCGCUCAAGCCGUGGACGCUCCAGUUCGUCGACCGGGACAUGGAGGCGCAGUACACGUCCAAGGCCUUCCGCUCUGCCUUUUUGCCGUUCCUGAUCUUCCUCGGCAUGUGUGCCGCGUUCGACUUGGCCCUCUCCUUCGUCCUCAAGAACGAGUUCUUGCUCGACUAUCUCUUCGGCGAGCUCGUCUGGCUCGCAUCCUUGGCGGGUGCGCGCUGGCGGGCAGACCGCAUGCACGACCAGCAGCGCGCCCGUUUGCUCUUUGGUCGCACGCUGGUCGGCCUGACGGCGGUGCUGGUCGCCGCCAUACUCCUCCUCCACCUGCCCACGGGCUUCAUCUACCCGCUCCACUUCUUCGUCCUUAACGAGGCGCUGUUCCUGCUGCUGUCCGUCGUCUACCUGCGCUACUCGGCCAUCUUGGACGCGCACCGCUUCGCGUGAUUCGCAGUCAUCAUGGCUGGCUUCACCUUGUCGCCGCCCGUCACGGAGAUCGGCCACCCGGGCGAGCCUCUACUGAUCGGAGGCGCGCUGAUGCUCGGCGAGGCGCUCGGCUACCUGAUGGAGCAGCACGUGCGCCUCGCGUUUCUGGAUCGAGAUGCGGCCGCCCUCCCGCCGCCGCCUUCAGCCAACGACAUCGUCAUCGACCGCGUCCUCGGCAGGGGAGGCCAAGGCACGGUCUACGCGGGCCGCUGGCUCGGCAUACACGUCGCCCUCAAGGUGACGCGGGGCGGGCAGACCUCGCGGCGGCUGCAGGACGAGGCGCGCCUCCUCGCCCGGCUCCGCCACCCGUCGAUCUGCACCCUCUUCGGCGCCACAACCUUGUCGGGCGGCGGCGGCGCGCUCGUGCUCGAGCUGAUGCAGACCUCGCUCAGCGAGCUGCUCAGGCGGGGCGAGCCCCUCCGGGCGGGGCUGGCGGCCAGGAUCGCGGCCGAGGUUGCGACGGGCAUCUCCUUCUUGCACGGCAACGGCGUCAUGCACCGCGACAUCAAGCCGAGCAACGUGCUCCUCGACACGGAGUACCACGCAAAGGUGGCCGACUUUGGCCUCGCGCGGCUCGUGGGCAGCUGCGGCGCCGCCUCUGCGAGCGACGCGUCGACGGCGCCGGUCUCCGGUUCCGGUGCCGAGGCGGCACUCUACACGUCGGACGUCGGCACGAAGCGUUUCAUGGCGCCAGAGGUGCGCGCCCAGCCUCGUGGCGCGUCUGGACAGGCACCCGUCGCGGGCUACGACGAGCGGUGCGACACCUUCUCGUACGGGAUGCUGCUCUGGUCCCUCAUGCACGAGGUGGCCGUCCCGCCCUCGUCCGCGUCGCGGCCGCCGCUGAGCCUCUCGCCCGACCGCGCCGUCUACUCGGACCUCAUCACUCGCUGCUGGCAGCAAGACCCGGGUCUGCGACCGAGCAUGCAGGUGGUGGCCGCCGAGACCAUCGCGGCCGCAGAGACUAGCGGCCUCGCGCUGUGGGAGCCCGCCGCGUCGCCCGCGACAGACAGCAGCGUGCGGGAUGAUUGGACGUUUCCGGCGAGUCUGCUGCACUCCCUGCACAUGACUCACACACGACAUGACUAG